AUGCUGACAGAGCUCGUCGAUGCGACGGCUCAAAGCGAUUGGCCUCGAGUUCGGGAUCUACUCUACGCACACUGGCAAAACCACUGCCCAAAGCUCUACACGCCAAAUCCCGAUUCGCCGUGGGAACUGAGUAUUGACGAGCAGGCCAUUAAUUCGGCCAUCUUUCGCCCCCUCGCAGCCGCUUAUGUACAGAACAUAGAAACCGCCACCGCUUCGCUACUGCCUUUGAAUGAAGAAGCGGGCACCAGCCCAGCAGAUCGUCAGCCUGGCCAAAUCUGUGGUCACGUCUUCAAAUGCGGUGAAGCCACCUACUCCUGCAAGGAAUGUGCCCAAGACGCUACAUGUGUGCUCUGCCGGAAUUGCUUCAACAAGUCCAUCCAUAAGGCUCAUAAAUAUACAAUGCACACUUCCGGCGGGGUCGGCUAUUGUGAUUGCAAGCGUGAUUUCCAUCGCACAACCCCGUUUAGCACGAAGGGGUUGCCGCAGGAACUGCACACCCGGUUGUACGGUCUGACGAAGGUGCUGCUGCAGUACGCGACAAAUGUGUUGUGCUGGCCACACGCUGAUUCCUAUCCGGCUGUAGCGGUUAGCAAUUCCGACUUCUCGCCCGCCUACCAAUGUGUUCUUUUCAACGAUGAAACGCACACAUACGAUAAUGUCAUACGGGCGCUCGAAAUAGCCGUUACCUGCAACCACAAUCAGGCCAAAAUGUUGGCGACGAUCGUCGACAGGGAGGGGCGCAGCACCGUCAUGGCUUCUACAAAAUCCAGCUGCGAGCGGGCCAGGGAUGCCAUUGUUCAGCGCACCCAGCGAGAUAUGAGUCGUCGCACGGAGAAACAGGGGCCUUUGGUCGUGAAGGUCUACGAGUCAACAUUCGUUGCCCACCAAUCGAAUGCGCUUCAAAUCUUUGCGUGGUUGAACCAACAGAUUGAGCAUUUUCCCCCAUUGGGUCGGAUCAUCGGCGAAGUGCUGAUGCAUGAAGAAGUUUUGGUGGACGGCGAACAGCCUGAACGUCCCGGCGGUGUCUUUGGGCAGGAUGGCCGGGAAAAGCUGGCCGAGCGCUUUAUGUACAACGACUGUAAAUUGUGGAAAGCCGCUCGGUCUUGCUUCCAGCAAAUGUUGAUGAAAACGGUGUUGAUGCACUUGGAUCUGAAGCAUCUCUUGAGUCGCAUGUUCUUAUUUUUGUACGACCAUCUGUAUGUGGAAUUUUGUGAUGACGAUCAUGAGCACGAUGUAUCCAUCAUCUCCCUAACAGUCCAAUUCUUCACCGUCACUUCCCUGGCCCGUCGGCUGAUCGCCGAGGAAAAGGCGAUGGUGCACAUCUUCCAGACGCUGAUCAACCACGCCCGCUCCACCGACAAUGUCCAUUAUCCAGUUGACCAUUUCGACUUCUCGAAGCGCCAGUUCACCGCCAAGUUCAAGCGCGCCAUGCAUAUGAUUCGGGAUGUUUAUUAUCUGGUGGGCCAGGUGCCGAAGCCGGACGAGUGGACGGAGGAGCUGCGCAAUGGAUUCGUUUGCGGUGUCGAGGCAUUUCUGGGUUUUUUGAAGUUCAUGCAGGGAAUGGACGCAGUGAAGCGCCAAGUCGGCGAGCAUCAGACCUGGGAGCAAGAGUGGGAGACGGCGUUCAACAUCCAGCUGCGCCAGCAGGAGCUCAUCUCCCUGAUCAUCCAGUGGGCACUGUCGGACCCGGUAGUUCACAAGCGUGUCUUCAUGAUGGCUCUCGAUGCAUGCGCUAACAAAAUGCCGCCUAAGGAAGAGAAAGAGACGGGUGAAACGAAGACCUACGUAAAGGUUGGCGAAUUCGAGACCGUAAUCCCGGUGUUCGACAUCCUUCACGGCUCCGUCUCCAUCCACCAGCCAUUCUAUCGCUUCCUCGCUGCCCUUUUCAAUGGAGACAGAGAACUCCUCUACUAUGUGCAACAAUCGGAACGGCCUGGAUCGCCCACCGAAGAGGAACACUUCAUCCUGACCACCCUGAAGAAGCUCGACGUCAAUCUGUAUGAGCCGCCGUUAAGAAUCUUUGUGCUCUGCUCGCAGACGGCGUCGGGACUUUGGCGCCGCAACGGCUUCUCGGUUGUCAACCAGAUCCACAACUAUUAUUCGCCGCUCUGCCGCACUGAGAUGUACGAUCGGGAUCUGCGUUUGUUACAGGUCGGUGCGGCAAUGACGCCACCGGUGCGCUUUCUGCUCCAUGUGCUCUGCCGUUACAGUCUUGAUAAAUGGGCCGACGAGAACUUUGAUGGUACCCCCAGAAGCAACGAAUUUGGGCAAAAAGCCGAAUGGGAAGAGAAUUCGAAAUGUCUGGUCUCGCUGGCCGAGGACCUGAUGCACACGUUGAUCUUGAUCACAGGCGAACGCUGGAUCCCCGGCGUCGGCGAGUGCACCCAGGAAGAGGAGUUGCACCGGGAGCUCAUCCACGUGUUGGCGAGCGGCCCCAUGCAGUUCAGCGCGAUCAACAAACGGUUGGCUUACGGAUCGCACUACGAGAAAAUAUCCAUCGAGCAUGCCGUGAAAAAAGUGGCUGAUUUUAGAAAGCCAACGCCCGCCACUGCUGGGACAUUCCACCUGAAAAAGGAGAUGCUCGAGUACUACACCCCGUUUUUCUACCAUUACAGUAAAACCGACAUGAGCCAAGCUGAGCUGUACCAAGAAAAGUCGAGGCCAAAGUGUGAGCGGAAGGCCAAGAGUCAGGAUUGGGCUUUGGCUGCUGGUGCUCCCCCGAAGUUGAUCCCGUUCAUGCGCUUCUUCCGGCCCGUGAAAGAGAUCUUGUCGACAACCCUGCUUGUUCGUCUUCACCGCGUCAUCCUGGAGCGGACAGCGAAACGGAGCCGCUUCUCGUCGGACCGGCUUUUGCAUAGGACCCUUUUCCUGAUCGGGAUGGGCUUGCAUGAGCAGUUUGACGACCAAGAAAACUUUGGAUUCCUCGCUGCUGCUGAACAGGAAUACUUGCUCGAGGCUCUUGAAGCCCUCAACGGAAAACCGGAAGCUCACCCGCAUGGAGAAUUGCUCGCCUGGACGAUUCAGAAAUACAAAGAGGUGGAACGGGCCCAGAAGACCGACAGCUCCCAUGAAGCUCCCCCGGAAGACGUCCAAAUGGCCGAAGUCGAGGACGUGGAGGAGGCCAAGAAAAAGCGCGCUGCACGAGCCCAAGCCAUGCGCACCGCCGCCCUGCAGAAGAUGCAAAAGCUUCAGAAGAACUUCACCGACUCGAUGCGCAAAGAGCAGGAGGGCACCGCUAGUGAUUCGACCGCUGAUCCGGAAUUGGCCGAACGCCGGCUGGGCGACGAGGAUGAGGAUAUCAUCACGAAGCUCUCUGACGUUGACGGAUUCCCAGUGUGCAUCGGCCCCGGCCGUGUCCGUGCCGAGAAGAUUGUGCCGCGCAUCGUCAAAUGUAUUCUGUGCCAAGAGGAGGAGCCGUUGGACGAGAAAGCACGACCUUUUGUCUGUGCUGCCUUUGUCCAGCGUUCCCACCUCUUCUCGCAAACGGCCAGAUCCCGUGAAUAUGAUCUUGAUGUCCAUCUGGUGAACGCGGCGCUGUCGGUGGGAAUUGACGCUUCGACGUGCAGCCAUACGAUGCACUUUGAGUGCUACCAUAACCUUGCCGAUUCGCUGUUCCAAAGAGAUCGGGCUCGGAAUCGUCAGCAGAUGCUAUACAGUCAAAAGAUGAUCGACACCGAUUCUGGAGAAUACCUGUGCCCUCUGUGCAAACGUCUCUCCAACACAGCCAUGCCCCUCGUGCCCGCCAUGCAAUUCCUCAAGAUCGACGGCUUUUCCGAGAAUCGCCCAAAGCUCCACGAAGAAUUCGACGAAUGGGUGGAACGGCUCGGCCAGAUCGUCAACGCCCCGCCCGUCAAGGCCGCCUUCAAGUCGCAUUCCAGGAAAAGAUCUCAUUCCGAGCGGGCCAUCAACGAGAUGGUGAAACAGACGGUGGAACGGGAUCCGUUGUCUCCGGGGAAGAUUGAGAGCGCGAUGAGCUCUUCAGUACCGAGCGUCUCGUCGAUGAACAUUGCCGACGCGGACUCGAACGAAGAAUUUGACAGGGUCCGCGAUCGGCUGGAGCAAGGCGCCGCGCAAGCUGCUGAAGCCGUUCGGGCGUUGCAGGCGAUUGUCGCCCCGGAAGAAGCUGCUCCUGCCUCGCCGGGUUCGCCGGAAGCCAGCACUAGGGUCAUUCCAAAACGCGAAUUCGGUACGAUGCUGAGCAGCCUCCCCAACACGGUCAUCGGCAUGAUUUUGCGCGUCCCGCAAACCGUCGUCGCCAAGUUCAUCAAGAGGAUCGUCCCGUUCGAGAAGUACGAGGAGAGCGUGCGUGCCUUCACCAAGUACAUCAUCAAGGCGCGCUACGACGCGAAAGACCUCGGCGACCAGGUUCAGGGCGUCAUCUCGGCGAUAGCUGUGUGGAAGAGCACCGCCCACGUCACCCGCUCCAUCGCAAUGGCGUUGAAGCAGGAGGGAAAGCCACUGUUUGGAGCCCUCAAUACACGACAGCGUGACUGUAUCCUGGCCCUCUCGCGCCUCUCCGCCCUGUUGUCGUGCAAUCUGCAGCCGUUCGGAACAAUCAUCGCCCAAAUGCUGAAAGUUCUUCUCUCGCCGCCGCCAGAGCCGUGCACGUCACGCAACGUAUCCGAGACGGCGCCGAUGUCGCCGUCAGCCGUGUCGUCACCAACCGGCGAGUCGACAACUCCUGCCUCGAUUUUUAUGAAGUUGACGGGGUUGACGCCGACGAGAAAGGAGGGCAAGGAAGCCAACUUCAAUCUUCUCCACGUUGACAUGCUCUCACUAGCGAUCGAGCUAAUGAUGUGCAUUGGCUGGACGUGGCAUGGCGAGAAGCAGAGCUUUUCCCAUGUGACCCCGAUGCGUGGUUUGGUGCCGGAUGGAAGCCUCGAUGAGCUCUACAUCCUCCGCCUCGUCGCACUCGCCCAUUGCUUCCAGAUUAUCGCCACCUUCCAAGAUGAUGAUCCGAUGGAGACAGAGGAUGGGGAAUCGCCGACGGCGGAACGGGUUCGAGGCUUGUGGUCGUUGGUGCAUCGGGAUGUUCCGCUGUUGAACGUCCGCGGGCUGACCGAGCGCCUGAACACUGGUGUCCUGGACUUGUUGCGCCCGAUCGCUCUCGUGUACUUCUCGAUCUCGAUGACCCCACCGCCCGAGGCUCUAAAAGACCCUUCGGUGGACGAGCUGGAACCACUGAGCCGCUAUCUCGGAUUGCCGACUUCAUUGGUGGAGCUGCUGGACGGCGAUUCGACGGAUCGGCUCUUUGAUAUGUGGUCAGCUGCUAUGCCUCCCGAAGCCCAAAUCGGCGACCUCGUCCGGCAACCGGUCAGCCCGAGACUGCUCGUCGACCUCCCCGACGACUUCUCCGAUCUCAUCAACGUGGCCGCCAAGUUCCGCUGCCCCUCAAUCCCACUGGAAGAAAUGACGGCUUCGGUGCCAACGAUGUGUAUGGUUUGCUCGGAGGUGCUCUGCUCCCAGUCCUACUGCUGCCAGAAACACGUGGAGAAGGAGGUGCUCGGCGCCUGCCAAUAUCACAUGCUGCACUGCACCGGAAACUCGGGAAUCUUCCUUAGGAUUCGCGAGUCACAAGUCGUGCUUCUGGCUUCGAAGACGCGUGGCUGUCUGAAGGCGGCCCCCUACGUCGACGAGUUCGGCGAGACGGAUGUCGGCUUCCGGCGCGGCAACCCAUUGCAUUUGAACAGGGAGCAGUACAACAAGCUGCGACAGCUCUGGAUUCAUCAGGGUCUCAUGGAAGAGGUUGUCAAUCAAUUCGACCUCGACCAUCGCAAUUACGGAUACGACUGGGUCCAUUUC